CGAAGUUUAGAGGCGAAGGAAAAUGACGUCGAAUAGGGUUUUGGCUGCGAUAGACUGGGACGGUGGCUUCUCUGUCCCUGUGGCCAAUGCUGAAAACAAGGCUUUGGAAAACGAGGUUCGUUUAAAAGAGAAGGAGCUGAUGCUUUUGGAAGAUAAACUUGAGGACCGUAAAGACCGAAUACAAGCGUUGUCUCAACACAUGAGAAACCUGACACAAGAGCUGUCACACACACAGGCGUUGUGCAAGGCGAAAGCAAGAGAGACGGAGUCUGAGAGAAACUUUAAGGUCCUUGCAGAACGGGAGACGGGACACUUAAGACAGGAGCUGGGAAAGCUGCAGAAAGAGCUUGAUCUUUUGAGAGAUAGGAGAAACACACAAGAGAGCAACAUUUUCAAAGCCACACAGAAGUUAGAGAAACUGCGCAAUCAGCUGAACUGGGACCAGCAAACCCUGGAUGCCUGGCUGGAGGAGUCGGCCCACAAAGACGAGGACACCAUGGCCAUCAUCAAGUACGCCGCGCAGGAUGAACGUAGGAUCAAGUCACUCACUGUGGCUAUAGAGAAGAAGACACUUGAAGCCAACCAAAGGCGCAAAACACUGGACAACGAGUUGACUGAGACACUAUCAGCGCAGAUUGCUUUGGACAAGACUGCAGAGAAUUUCCGAUGGGCCCAUUUGGAGAGGCAGGAGCUCAUCCAACAGUGGGAGAACACGAUUAAGCAGAUGAGGAAACGAGAUGCUGAGCUGGAACAAUGCGCACUGAAACUCGCGGAAGUCAAUCAGGAAAUCAGGCAAAGGAAUGCCAACAUUACAGAAAAGAAUAACUUUUUGGAGAGUGAGAUAGAGAACAACAAGGAAAAUGAAAGAAAGAUCGCCAUGGCCAAUCGGCAGGCGGCAAAACUGAGACGAGAGCUACAGGAGCUGGAGAAUAACCGCAAUAGGCUGAAGGGCGAGUUGGAAAGCCUAAAGGGCACAGUGGAAAGAGCAGCCAUGGAUGUCAAGACUUUGAGGUCCCAGAUGUCAUGCAUGAAGAAAGACAUCCAAGAUAAAACCAACAAACUGAAGGAGUCACAGCUUCUCAGAGGUGGACUUGAAGAGAAGCUGAAGAUGGUGACUCAGACAGCUCUUAGUGUAGAGGAGAGGGCCUUCCAGAUUGAGCAGAUGUUCAAGGAUGAGGAGCAGGCCAUUAAAGAGAUGGAUGCUCAGCUGUAUCGCCACAGGGAAGUGCUGUUUCAUCAGAAACAGGAUCUCCAGGCCCAGAGGAUGAAGGAGAAGGAUUUCAUCACCCAGCUUUCAGGGAGCAAAGCUGCCAUCUCCAGCCUGGACAGCGAUCUCACCAAAUUGGAUCAUAAUUCACUCAAGCAGCAGAAAGUCAUUGAUAAUCAGGACUUCCAUAUCCAGCAACUGGAGAAGAAAAUGGCUCGUCUGCGAGGUGACAUUAACAAACAGGAAAAGCAGGUGUUAGAAAAGAAGAUGGCUGAGCUGACCAGCGGCCUAGAGGAGAAGCAGAAGACUGCCCACUUGCUGACCUCCCAGCUCAAGGAGCUUGAGGAUUACAUCCGCUGUGUGAGGAAAGAGACAGAGAAGACCGGAGCAGAGAAAAGUGAUUUGACCACCAAGAUAGAGGAGCUCCAUCUGUCCAAUGACAUUGCAGACAAGGACCUCAGGAAGCUCAGACUCCACAAACAGGACACCAUGGUAGAGGACAGCAUCCUGAAGCUGGAGGUCAAACGUCUGAGGGACCUAUUGUACAACAAAGCGGACAGUGUCCUCUCUCUGGAGAAGAGGCGGCUGGAGCUGCAGACCGCCAUGAGGGAGAGGGAGGAGGAGAUCAAGGUAUACAGAGACAUGCUCAGCAAGCAGGUCAGGAUCGAGGACCAAGAGAGACAGAGGCACAGUGCUGAAAUGCAUGAGAGGUUGUCUAAGGUCAACACGAUGCAGAAGCGCUAUGAGAUUUUGACCAUUUCAAUGGCCGCUCCAGAGGGAGAAGAGGAGAAAUCACAGGCGUAUUAUGUCAUAAAGGCUGCUCAGGAGAAAGAGGAACUCAAGCGGAAGGGCGACAGUCUAGAUGCCAAAAUUCGCAAGAUGGAGAAGGAGAUCAAAGCACUGGAGAACACCAUUCAGUUGGUCAACAAUUGUAACUCAGCGUUUCGUAAAUCCCUCAACAAAGUCAAUGAGACCAGUGAAGAGUACCAGGAAAAACUGAGGCUGGAAGAGCAACAAAGAGCAGCUAUUGUGAAAUACAAGUAUCAGAAGAGACAGAUCAAGGAGCUCGAGGAAGAUAUCCAGAUCAUGAACAGUACCCUGGAAAGCCUGCUGCAGGAGGGGCAGAAACAGGAGGAACACACUACGGUGAUUCAGUCACAUUUCAUUCAGCUUAACAAAGAACUGGCUUCCCAGAAGGAGAAACUCGACAGGGCCACAAAACAGUGCUCCAAGUUGACAAAAGAGAUCCACUCAGCCAACAAGACUCAGUUGGAGACAUUUGAGGAGCAGGACAUUGAGCUGAGGGAGACGAGAGAAUUCAACAAGACCACUGACAGGAUGCUGCUGGAUGCAAUGAGGGAAAACGCCGACCUUGCAGCAGUGAUAGAAAAGUAUUUCCUACAGGUUAACGUACCUCUUCCGUCUCCGGCUUCCAUCCCUGCCAGCCGCCAGAGCUCCUACACCAACUCUGCUCGCAGCUCUGUCUCCUCCAGAUCUGUUGAGUCCUCAGCAAGCAGCAGCCCCAGGAGCUCUGCACUACAGUCGGCCACACCCAAGACCACAGAACUGGGCCUGGGUCUCACUGUGACCUCCCCUCCCACAUCUGCCUCCCCGCGCUCGUCCAGCGCUGCUAGCAGCGGCAGCAGCCAUAGCCAACACAAGAGUCCAUAGCACGUGGCUCCUUCCCCCUAAUUACCGCCUGCUGAUAUCGAUGUAGUCGAUAAACCACAAACCAGAGGGUGGUGUUGUUAUCCAGUGCAUGUACAAUCUAUGUAUCAUCGCAUGGUCAUAAUCUGUUUUGAUACGCCCGAUUGUGAUUUUUGAAAAUGUUAUUUUUCAUUCAUUGUAACUUUAAAGCAUGACACAAUAGUUUACA